AUGACAGAAUUUGGAAAUGGAAUUGCUGCCCGACAGCCAAAAAUGAAGGAACGAGCGACUCGGUAUGAUUUUGAAACAUUUAGUGACUCAAAAACGAAGAUUGAACAUUUUGAGAGUACACAGAAAGCGCGGGAAAAUUCAAAAGCGAAAAAUAAAAAUGGCGGCACACUAUCUAAAACGCUAAACUACCAUGAAAACCUUCAAGAAUUUGAUAAACUACGCCGAGCAGACCUCGGAAGUCGAUUUAAGUUUCCUUCUGAAAAGGUCUGUCCGUAUUUGAGUGUAAUUCGAGCAGAAAGUAAAGACGAAAAAAAUAUCACUACUUGUCGAACAAACAGAUUAAACGAAAGCGAAUGUGAAUUUAUAAAUACGUAUCUUGGGAGGCCUAGCGAAAUUCCAGCAAGGUUUUGCCCUCAGAGGAAAACUAUGAAAAACAUUUGCUGGUUUGGGAAAAAAUUUCGAAGUACUAUUGAGGAUACGGCAGAAUUGUAG